GUCAGCCGCGGGGAGGGCCGCCUGGCAGCGGCGGCGCGGGGCGCGGGCGGCCGCGGCAGAGCCGAGCCGCCGCCGCCGCCGCCGGGACAGCGCGGGCUCCGCGGCGCCGCCGGCAGCCAGCCCGCGCCCCCAGGGGCGCCGCCGCGGCAGCGCGGGCCAGCAGCCAGCCCCGCCGGGAGGCGGCGGGCGCCCCGCUCCUGCCGGCGGCUUCCCCCGGCCGGGCGCUGCGCUCCGCUGCGCUCCGGGCGCCCGCUCGCCCGCCCUGCGCGGGGAGGUCUCUGCCGGGCUGCGCCGCGGAGCCGCCGCCGAGUUAAAGUCCCCCCCGCUCAACUUGGGGGAAGCGGCAGAGCCUCUGAGGAGCGGAGCGGCGCUGCCAGGCUGCGACUGCCUUCUCCUCCCUUGCAGCUGCAGAAGCAAAUAACCCAACAAAAAUAAAACAAACUCAGGCUUACCUAAAAGUUAGGGUCCUUCCCCCCACCCCCUUCCCUUCCCGGUUUUAUCCGCCGUGUGGAAGUCGCCUGUGAACCUCGCUCGGCGCGCUGCCGGGGAAGAAGCGGCUCGCGGUUUGGAUCGAGGAUUUGCCGUCGCGAAGCAGUGUAACUUCCAUGCAGCGGGGCAGCCUUCGCUCCUCUGAACGCCGCGGCGAUGCGCUGAGGAGCCCCUGUGGACUGACAUCCUGUGCAGGGAAGGAACCGAAGCUACUCUUGGUCUUCUACAGAAAUAUUCAUUAGUCAUUCUGGAGAUGGACUUGCUGUUUGGAACCUACCUCUUGGCAGUCUUAUUAGCCUGUAUUAUAUUUCAAUCUGGCGCACAGGAGAAGAAUUACACGGUGCGGGAAGAACUGCCUGAAAAUGUCCUGAUUGGCAAUUUGCUCAAGGAUCUUAACUUAACACUGGACCCAGAUGUGCCCCUAUCCUCACCACUUCAGUUCAAGCUUGUGUAUAAGACUGGGGAUGUACCAUUAGUUCGGGUGGAGGAAAACACUGGUGAGAUAUUCACUACUGCAAACCGCAUAGACCGGGAGAAACUAUGUUCUGGCAUCUUCAGUGAGAACCGCUGCUUUUAUGAGGUGGAGGUUGCUGUUUUGCCUGAUGAAGUCUUCAGAUUGGUCAAGAUCAGAUUCCUAAUAGAGGAUAUAAAUGACAAUGCACCUCUCUUCCCUUCAACAGUUAUUAACAUCUCUAUUCCUGAAAACACAGCAAUUAAUUCUCGCUACUCUGUUCCCUCUGCCAUCGAUCCUGACAUUGGUGUGAAUGGUAUUCAGCAUUAUGAACUCCUUAAGCCCAAAACAACUCCGAAAAGGACCUUUGGAUCCAUUACAAAUGAUCAGGGUCAAAAUGUAUUUGGUCUUGAUAUAAUUGAGACACCUGAGGGAGAUAAGUGGCCUCAACUGAUUGUCCAGCAGAUCCUGGAUAGGGAGCAGAAGGAUACAUACGUGAUGAAGAUAAAAGUUGAAGAUGGUGGAACUCCUCCAAGAUCCAGCACAGCCAUUCUGCAAGUCACUGUGACUGAUGUGAAUGAUAAUCGCCCAGUCUUUAAGGAGAAUGACAUCGAAGUUAGUAUUCCAGAAAAUGCUCCAGUGGGUUCUUCUGUUUCUCAGCUCCAUGCCACUGAUGCAGACCUUGGCUCAAAUGCACAAAUUCACUUCUAUUUCAGCAAUCAGAUCUCCAGUUUGGCUAAAAGGCUGUUUGCCAUUGAUAAUGCUACUGGUCUAAUCACCAUAAGAGAACCGCUAGACAGAGAGGAAUCUCCUGUACACAAAUUAACUGUUUUGGCAAGUGAUGGCAGUUCAACUCCAUCAAGGGCAACAGUGACUGUUAAUAUCACAGAUAUUAAUGACAAUGUUCCAUCAAUAGACACAAGAUACAUCAUCAAUCCGGUGAAUGGGACAGUACUUUUAUCUGAGAAAGCUCCACUUAAUACAAAAAUUGCACUGAUAACAGUAAUGGACAAGGAUGCUGAUCUGAAUGGAAAAGUUACUUGUUUUACAGAUCAUGAUGUUCCAUUUAGAUUAAAGCCAGUUUUUGAUAAUCAGUUUCUACUGGAGACAGCCACAUUUCUUGACUAUGAAGCCACGCGGGAAUAUGCCAUUAAAAUAGUGGCUUCAGAUUCAGGGAAGCCUCCCUUAAAUCAGUCUGCUAUGCUCUUGAUCAAAAUUAAAGAUGAAAAUGACAAUGCCCCAGUUUUUACACAGCCUAUCAUAGGUCUUUCCAUCCCUGAAAACAAUGCUCCUGGUACGCAGCUAACCAAAAUAAGUGCUACAGAUGCUGACAGUGGACGCAAUGCUGAGAUCAGCUAUAUCCUGGGUUCUGAUGCACCCCCCAUUUUCAACCUUGAUCGCCGUACAGGCAUUCUGACAGCAGUGAGGAAGCUGGACCGGGAAAAGCAAGACAGGUACUCCUUCACUGUAUUGGCUAAGGAUAAUGGGAUGCCACCUUUGCAGACCAACGCUACUGUGACAGUGUCAGUCCUGGACCAGAAUGACAAUAGCCCUGCUUUCACACACAAUGAAUAUAAUUUCUAUGUGCCAGAAAACUUACCCAUGUAUGGUACAGUGGGGCUUAUCACAGUUACAGAUGCUGACUCUGGUGAGAAUGCUGCAGUAACUCUCUCUAUAUUAAAUGGUAGAGACAAUUUUAUUAUUGAUCCGCUUACUGGUGUAAUAAGACCUAAUAUUACCUUUGAUAGGGAACAACAGGGGUCAUAUACUUUUCAGGUGAAAGCUGUGGAUGGAGGAAGAGUGCAGCGCUCUUCGACUGCCAAAGUGACCAUCAAUGUUGUUGAUGUAAAUGACAACAGGCCUGUUUUUGUUAUUCCUUCAUCUAAUUAUUCAUAUGAUUUGGUUCCAACAUCGGCCAGUCCAGGGUCUGUAGUUACUAAAGUCUUUGCAGUUGAUAAUGACACAGGAAUGAAUGCAGAGCUCCGUUACAGCAUCAUAGGUGGGAAUUCAAGGGGCUUGUUUACAAUUGAUCAAUUAACAGGCAAUAUUACUUUGAAGGAGAAAGUAAUUACGUCAGAUCAUGGCUUGCAUAGACUGGUGAUAAAAGUCAAUGACCUAGGACAGCCAGAAUCCCUCUAUACUAUAGCUCUUGUGCAUUUAUUUGUGAAUGAGACAGUCACCAAUAGUUCCUAUGUUCAAGAGCUAGUGCGCAGGAAUAUGGAAACUCCAGUUGGCCAGAACGUUGGGGAUGGUGAGAUAACCCCACAAACGAAUGAUUAUGUCAAGAUCAUCAUUGCAAUUAUUGCAGGCACAAUGACAGUUAUCCUGGUAAUUUUUGUUACUGCUUUAGUACGGUGCCGCCAGACACCCAGGCACAAAGUUGUCCAAAAAAACAAGCAGAGUGGUGAAUGGGUUUCUCCAAACCAAGAGAAUAGGCAGAUCAAGAAGAAAAAGAAGAAGAAGAAGCGCUCUCCAAAAAGUCUGCUCCUCAACUUUGUGACAAUUGAAGAAUCCAAGCCUGAUGAUCCUGGCCACGAGCACAUAAAUGGCACUUUAGACAUUCCUGUAGAACUAGAAGAACAGACUAUGGGAAAGUAUAACUGGGCCACGACACCAACUACAUUUAAGCCAGAUAGCCCAGAUUUAGCAAAGCACUACAAGUCUGCUUCUCCGCAGCCUACCUUUCAAAUUAAACCUGAGACUCCUGUACCCCCUAAGAAGCACCAUGUCAUUCAGGAACUGCCUCUGGAUAACACCUUUGUGGUGGGCUGUGACUCACUCUCCAAGUGCUCAUCAAGCAGCUCGGACCCUUACAGUGUUUCUGAAUGCAGCUGUCAAGGAGGCUUUAAGACCCCAGGCCCCAUACACACCAGACAGCACACAAAGGAAAUGGGAAGGCCACAAACUCCUUUAAAAGAAGCAACCUUGGAGCCAUGGACUCAGCCACAGUCUCAGCGCCGUGUCACGUUUCACCUACCAGAUGGCUCCCAGGAAAGCUGCAGUGACAGUGGGCUUGGAGACCACGAGCCCAGCGGCGGUGCCAGCACCUCACACCCUCUGCCCCUUGGCUUCCCCCAGGAGGACUACUAUGAGCAAGCCUCACCCAACAGCCGGACAGAAGGAGACGGCAACUCAGACCCAGAGUCCACUAUCGAAGUCAAUCUCCAGAAAGCCCUGGCUGAAGCCUCUGAAACCUGCACACAGGAGUGUCUCAUCCUAGGCCACUCUGACAACUGCUGGAUGCCUCCUUCUUUGACACAGUACCAGCAGUCCAACACUCCUUUGCCAUCAUUUGGCUUCCAGCAGGGUUGGGGCCGAGGAGCCAGGCCUGACGGACGACACACGCUUGGACGGCCCGUUCCCAAGGACGACCCGGACAAAGGCCAAGGUGGGCCACGGCCCCAGUUCUACAACACCUGUGAAAGACACUGCGCCAGUGAAGAUCCUGUCAAAGUUAUUCCCCUGGCAAACUUCACUGCAUCCCACCAGGCACCAGUGUCUGGGAGUAGCACUACGUUUAUACAUGAGCACCAGCUAUAAAUGCAUAUCUGACAAAUCCGCUAUUUUAGGCUUUAAGUGUAACUGUAUAUAGUCACAGCCUAACACUGUUUCUAGUGCAUAUACAAACUUGUUAGGCUUGUGAAUAUUUAUGUAUAUAGAAUUCUAAAUUGAAUUUGAAAAGCUAAAUCCUUAGUACUUAGUUAAAGGAAAUUUACCUUAGUUCUUGGUAAAGCAUACAAAAUGGGGAAGAAAACCCACAACACAAAACCAAUCAAAAGAAAAACACAAAAUCCUGUUUGUUGCAUUUUCUUAUAUGGGUCAUCAUAGUGCAAAUAUCCAUUUGCACUUCUUCUUGUUGAAAGUAAUUUCUUAGUACAGUUUGGGGAACAUUACAAUCUAAAUAUAGUAAUAUAGCUUACUCAAAUCAAUCUUUUCUGUGUUACUUGUUAUAAUUUAUAACAUGUUCAUAAAUUUCACCUUCCAUUCCCUUAGCAGAUAGAGAUCAAGUGGGUAAUUUUUCAUUUGGUUACUUUACAUAAUAGAAUGAAUAAAAUGCUAAAAUCUAAUUCUGAGGAAGGAUGGUAUACCUUUCCUUCAAAAUUUGUCUUUUACAUAAUUAAGAAGGAAAAUGUAUUCAAAGACAUGGCAACUGCUUUUUUUUUUUUUUUUUUUUAAAUUAGGUCAAUCUACAGGUAUCUGUUCUUUGAAAAAAUGCAAUAGAUGAAAUGGAAAGCUCUUUUGACUAGGCUUUUCUAUGUGAAAGAGAACACUACAAUCAAAUGAUAUAGAAGGUCAAAACUUAAAAAUUAUAAAUAUUUUUUUUUACUUUCCAAGAUUUUCCUUUCUACAAUAAUGCAAGGAACAAUGAUACGUAUUAUGCUUUUCAAGCCGUAAGUCUGUUGCUAAUUUUUUUUUCUUUUUUUUCUUUUAUCUUGUAGAGCUUGCUUUGGCUACUGUUCCUGUUAGUUGAAAAUUACACGGGCACUGCUGAAAACAGUAGGAAACUGGGUAGUCUUUUUGCUUAUGUGAUAUUGUGGCUGUAAGCUACUGGUGCUUAAAAGAAUAUUAUAGUGAUGUAUAUGUUUGUUUUACAGCUAUAAUGACCUGUUGCAAGUAUUCAGUAAAAAGUUAGCUAUAAUAUUAUUUACUUUAGCCCCAGCCUUUUAUAUGAAGGCGUUCUUGUCACUGUGGCUUAGUUUAUUAGAGAAACACCAACAUUACUCAGCAAAGAAAGAAGAAUCUAAGUAAUGGAUCCUGAAUGGAUGUAGCUAUACAUACACCCCAAUUAUAUUAUUUGAUAAAGUCUCAAAGUGAUGCUCUAUAAAGAUUAGGUCUUUUUCAAUGUUCUGUGUACUGAAGGAUGCAUUGUUGAUGCUGGGGGUGGGGGAAGCUAGUAGAUUCCGCAGUGGAUGCAAAGGAGAUGCUUUUCUUAGGUGAAAAAACAUUUUUUCUUCUAGUACUUUUUUGCUUGUUAGCCAUUUCAUCACGUACAGUGUGUACAUACCAAGAAAUUUUUUCCUUAACAAAACUAGGUAACUUCUAGUUUAUUGCGACAUUAAAUGAGACAAUCGAAGUUGUGUGGAGGGAAAAAAGACAGUGUGUGAAUAUUUCCUAUGGAUAGAACUCUAUGUAGGCUUCAUACUGUAACUUAAAUCUGUAAUUUAUAAACAAAACUGUGUGUAAAAAUGCUGUAAUAUUAGCUGCUUGUAAAAUUUACAGAAGUUCAAGUUGUUGAGGGUUUCCAAUGAAUGCUAAAGGAGCUUCUCUUAUGUGCCCAGCAGGUAUAAGUAGCUUUAUAUAUCGUCGUCCCCACUGUAAAUCUAUUCAAAUCACCUUUAGAUUUAAUGUGAAAAUAAAAGAAACUUCACUUUUAACCUACUGAUAGGGUUUAAUUAAUGAACAUCAGAUUAUCUAAUGAUGUACUUCUUUUCUUUUUUCUUUUUUAAUGUAUUUUUCAAUAAUGUUUAGAAAAGAUGUGGCACACUGGCUUCCAGUUGCAUGUAAAUCCUGGAAAACAUAUAAAUCCUUUGGCUACUGACACACAAUAGCUGACACAACUCAUUUCCAAUUCCAGGACAAUUAAAAAUUUGACAAAUCAAUUCACACCUAAUCUAUACAAGGCCCUCGGUCAUUUGUUUUGGAGACAUCAUGAUGAGAAAAUUCAGCAGUUUUUUUCAGAGAUAAACUUAUCUGUAGCUGACACAGAUUUACCAAACAUAUUAAUUCUGCAAAAUUUAGAGUAAGGCUGACAUGUAAUGCUUACUGUUUUAAGCAGAGGAGUUGUUUUUUAUUACAGAGGGCUGUCAUAGCAAAUGUUUACAGAAUGUGCUGCUGUAUUCAAAAACUCUUAACUUUUUUUUCUGUAACAUUUCCCCUCUAGCUGAAAAUUGUAAUUGAAAAUUUUUGGCAAAGCAGUUAAUUUUGACAAUUAUGGAUUUUCAUAGGUAAAUCAUAGAGGAAUCAGAAUUAGAUUUUUUUUCUUAGAGAAAAACAACAAAAAUAAAUUUUGUAUUUGAAUGUUUCCUUUUUUUCUUUUAAAAUAUGGAAGAAAUUAACCCCCUUUCUCCAAAAAUGACAAAAUCAGCCAAUCAAAAACUCCAAUAUAAAUUGCUUUAACAAAAAACAAAGAUGAAUCUGAAGAUAGCAAGCGGUGAAAUGUAAUAUCCAUGAAAAUGUGUUAUGAUAUUCUGACAUUCUGUCAACAAGGUACAGAAUAAUUGUAACUGUAAAUACACAUUGUAUCAGGAGUUAAAUUAUGCCCUCAUUUUUUAUAUAUUACAUAUUACAUAUAUAUAUAAUAUAAAAAACUGUGCAUUUGAGGCAAUGUUUCUCUAAAAAACAUUCAAGUGGCAUGUCAGUAUCCAGAGGAAUAUAACAUUACUGUAGACUCUUUACACAUCUUGCCAUAUAUAUAAAUAAUUUAUCUAGUACAUAGAUUGUAUAUUUUUGUGUAUUUUUUUCUUUAGUCAUUUAACUUAUUUUAUCUUUCUUGUGUGAAUUUGUGGAGAAAACAAUCCUAUAUACAGUAUACAGUAAAAUGGUAGUUAAAUGAUUAGAUUGUUUCAUACAGUGUAACAAUAAAGGAAAACCUUUGCCUUCUUCAAAGUAAUGUGUCACACAGUUUAGCCUAGAUUCUUCCUCCCCCCCCCCCCCGCAAACUUGAUACAUGCUUUUUGCACCUCUAACUUUUGCAUCAAAAUAUGGGUAGUAGUGGCAGAAAGAAAAGUAUAUUUUUCCUAUUGUAAAACAGUCAGUUAAAAAAAAUGAACAGAAUUCAAACUGUUAGAAGCAAAAUAUGCUGUUUCUUUGUUUUCCUAAACUGCGCUGUACUCUGAAAUGUAACUUAAUUCUACAGAGGGAAUAAUUAGGAAUGUCUGCUAGGCUAGACAGAGACUCCUGAGCACCUGCUCUCUCUAGGCUGUGAGCUGGCAGGAUGCAGGCCAUUUAGCUAAUUAUCAUGGCAAUGAGCCCACACUAAUAGGACCUGAGAGCUCAUGAAUGUUAAGUCGAGCUAGGUGUCAUGCUAACAUCAGGUAUGUGGUUCUGAAUCAGGCUUGGUCUUUUUGUUCGGCUUAGAGCUGGAAAAGUACAGCACUUUGUACCAUAUAUCUGUUCCCCCAGUGUGUGUAGAUCUAUUAGAUUUUAAGAGAAUUAGAAGUUUGCUCUGUUGUAUUCUGAGCAAGCUGUAAUCCAGUGUGGAACCACAUCAGCAUCAAGCUGCUAUUAUUACCCUGCUUCCAGUGUGGUCAAGCCAAAGCCAGUAGACCUAGAGAAGUUUCAGUAACUAAUGAGCGAUUAGCUCAAGGUUAUUUGAUUCAAGCUUACUUGGCUGAUAUUUAAUUGACAGAGAGCUUAUAAAGCUUGAAAAUUUACACCCAUCUUGCCUGAAUUUGUCUUCCACAGUUUUAGCUCAAGUUUUUCUUUUGCAGCUUUAAUACCAAUCCUUAAUAAUUAUCAGUUAAAUUAUUACAUGGCCAUUUACUGCCAUUAUUUUCUUGAGUAAAUAAUGAGGGAGCGCAGACACAAAGUAAAGUUGAAGGCAAAGAUUUUAUUUGGUAUACAUAGGAAAAUUGUGUAUAACUUAUGUUAUCCCUAGUGAAAAGAGAGAUUGACGAUUUCUUGUAAAUAUUUGAGUUUGUAUUUCUGGGAAAUCUCCCUGCUCUAUGGCAUACUACAGGAUCUGAGAGUGAGCAGUGUAUGUCUGUGUAUCAAAACAGCCCUAACCACACUUGACAGAUCAUGCAGUUGGACAUCAUAUGCCACAGUCCAGCAGCAUUUAAAGUCUAGUAAAUUCGCAGUAGUUCUACUUCAGGUUUCUGUACAGCAUGUUGUCUUGUUAAUUACAAUGCUUAUUAAUAAACUAGAUCCACAAAAGCA